CUAGCAGAAUCCAUUGGUUACUUACUACCAAAUAAUUUCAAGUGUAACUUCAAAAUAUUCUUAUUUUUGAAUUUUGAAGCUUAAAAGUUUUAACCAAGUUUUAACAUUUGACGCCAGAGGGCAGCAGAGGGGUGGGAGGUCUUUUCUUUGUCAAUAAUUGUCAGUGUAAAUAAAGUGAGUUCGCGAGCAUUUUAUUCAUAAAUAUGUAAAAUUACGACGUAAACACGUGAUUAACACCAAAGCUUGCUUUUAUAUAACCGAUUUUCAUACUGCCAGCGUGCUGUGCAGUACCUCUUUGUUCAGACAAACAGGGAGGUCAUAAGUUCCCUCGUGAUAAGGAGAGAUGUGCUAAGUGGCUUAAAGCUAUCCGAAGAGUCAAUUUCAAGCCUAGCCAACAUGCACGAGUAUGUAAGAAACAUUUUACAGAAGAGGACUAUACAUUACCGAGGGAAUCAUACAGAGAAAAUCCCAUACCAAUGUUAAAAAAAACUGCAGUUCCCACUAGAUUUGCUUGGAACAAUUAUCAGGGUGUCACAAUGAAGUCUCCAAAGUCUAAAGCACCUGAUAAACAGCAUAAAACUGAAAACAACCCAGAAGUUCUGUAUCAUUGCCGUGUCUGCCUAAUUGAGAUAAGAAGCUGCCCCACGGACAUGUUCGUCCCUUGGCUGCACUCAAGUUUUUCAAGUACUCUUGGUGAAGAUGUAACCAUAGCUACCCAUAUCAGUAAUAUUGCAAAUAUAGAGAUUCCCGAAAUAGAUGGGUGGCCGAAGUACAUAUGCACUGAGUGUUUAAAUAAACUUAGUGUAUGUUUAACAUUUAUAAACGACGUACGACAUUCUGAACAAAUGCUGAAAAACAAACAAAUGGACAAAGAAACAGAUAAUGAAGAGCAGAGUAAUGAAGUCACAGAUAAAACUUGGCCUAAACCUAUUCAGUUGGAUAAGAAUGUUAGUGUAGAAAUUAUGCCUUUCGAUAUAGAGAUAAAGCAAGAAGUAAUUUCCGAUGAAGAAUUAGAAGGAAAAGGUUCUGAUGAUAACAGGCAAGACUGUGAAAUGUUACUGGAUAUAAAGGUUGAACCGGAAGAGAUUACAGAACAGACUUUGCCUAUACAAGUUACUGUCAAUGGGACUAUAUCUCAGGAUCAGUUUUCGUCAUUAAAUGGUUGUGAAGAUAAUGAGAAGGAAGAGUGGUUAUCAUCGAUUUCAGUCAAGGAGGAACCAAUUAGCGAGGAUGAACUGAUUCCGUCGGAUAUGCCGCUUGAAUGCCUAUUGUGUGCAAAGACGUUUCAUACUGUUGCUGGUUUAAAGGCACAUGUGAUAACACAGCAUAGCUACAAGACGGUGAAGAGAAAAGCGGAAAACUCACACACACCAGAGACCAAACGCCGUUCUUUAGCGGAAGCCGAGAAAAAAUAUUUUAUUUGCGGUAUUUGUAGGAGAAAUUUCCUAACAUCAACAGAUUUGAGAGUCCAUGAGACUUGCCACAACAAGUUCUGUUGUUUCGCAUGUAACUCUAAGUUUGACACAUUCAGAGAGGUCACAGACCAUAGAAAUCGGUGUAAAGUCAAGGCAAAGGCAGUCAAGCCUAAAACUUUGAGGGAUGCCAUUAGAGAGAGAGCCAAAACAGGCAUAGAGGUAACAUCAGAAAAUAAAAAACCACAGUGUAAGACAUGUGGAAUAUCAUUCAGAGACGCACUAUAUCUAAGGCUGCAUAAUGCGGAACAGCAUCCAAACGAAGACGCAACAGAAGAGACAAUAAGCAGAACAGAAGACAAAAAUAAAGAAGAUUUAGAAGUAAAAAUUACGAUAGAGAAAUGUAAAGAAGAUGAUAGUAAAUAUAGUAAAAUUGAGACUGAACUUGAAAGCAUAUUUGAAUAUGCUGUUGAGAAAGAAGAUUCAAAAGGAAGUGAGUUAAAUGAUAGUGUAUAUUUAGAGAGUAGAGAACAACUAGAGGAAACUUUAGGCGACAAUGGCUCUGGAAUUGCCGUUGAAGUAACAGAUUUAUCAGUUGAAAAACUAAUAGAAACAAAUGAUUCUCAAAAAAGAUUAUCUGAUCAAUCUCAAGAAGAUUGUGAACAAAAUGAAACAGGAACAAUUGAACUCAGUAAUUCACAAAUAGAUGAACCUCAAACUAGUAUGGAUAAAAUUGACAUUAACAUACUAGAUGCGAAUGUUGUGGUAGAACAGUCAAAUAUAGAAGCAAAUACAAACCCCAGUGAUUUACAAGUGAAUACAAAUGUUGAUAAAGAUGAAUCCAUAGGACAAAUAGAAAUAGAAAUCAGUAGAAUGGAAGAUAAUAUUAUUGAACAGGCCGCAAAUAGUCAAGAAAUAGCUAAGACUGAUUUAAUUGAAUGUAUAGAACAGAAUCAGGAAGCAAGAAAAUGAUUGGCAAAACUUUGUAAAACAUGUAUAGUACUUAUCCGGCAGAAGGUAAACCACGUAUAGCUUAAGGUUUGAACUAUAUCUGGCUGCACUGCAUUUCCCAUGCAUGUAUUCUUUUCUGUCACACAACCGUCAUUUGCUACAGUGAGAUAAUGCAAACACACGCGGCGGAAACACCAUGCAGGCGGAGUGCGCACACCCGCUCUUUAUCUCGCUCUAGCAUAUUUGCUUCUGAGUGACAGAAAGGAAUAGAAGAACAGGAAAGUCCAAUGCUGCACGGAUGUAGUUCAACCCUAAGAAGCAAUCGGCUAGUUUCGGCUUCGUAGAGCGUCAUGUUCCGUAUGGAUGUCAUACUAUAGAAUAAACUUUGCCUUGCACACAUUCGAGCUUUCUCACCUCACCCCCGAUAUUUUGUCACAGUGAGUCACUAAGUAGUAAGGACCCCUGACGAUUAUUGUUUCGACUCGAUUCUGUCUCGCUCGCACGCACGGGGUGAGCAUCUGAUAGCGUGAACAUAACCCUAGAUAAAGUAGUCCUAGACGUCACAAACAUUUACUCAGUGAUAACGCGAAUUUUGUAUGGGGUGUCCGGCGUGUGCUCAUACGGGGUGUGUUCUAACAAAUUUGUAUAACAACUGACAGAUCAACUGUAAUUUCAUGACAGGGAUGACACUAUACUAAGCCGAAGCUGCUCAAUUGUCUCUUUCCUAGAUUCGGUGUGUUUUUUUCUGCCAGGUACUGUUUGUUGUGCUGUGACUGGUCUAAAGUAGGUUUUAAGUUCGUUAUUGACAGUGAACCAUAAGUUUUUCGCAGACGGCACACAUUCUGCAAUAUCUGAUAAAAUGUUAUUUGAAAAGCAUUUAUAUUACUAAUUUUAAUAUAUACUUAUGAUAUAGCUUCAUUGAACGUUGUUUGACAUGUUUCAAUUUUUAAUAUAGAAAUUAUAUCUAUUUGAACUCCUUGUAGACAUCACUUGUAAAUAAUAGUCUCGUCUUGUAAAUACUUUGUUAAACUUUUAGGCUUUUUAAAUGUAAUAAAUAAUGAUAACGGUGUAAUAAAAUAUACGGUUGCAUGUGGCAACAGCGAUAUUGAGAA